UUUGGGUGGUGGAUAUCUAUCUAUUUAUCUAUCUCAUAAGUGGCCUGGGCACACAAGAAUGUUUUGAGUCCGACUUGAAACAAAGAUGUCGUGUAAAGUAAAGCUAUUAGAAUCUUUUCUGGGGACUUAUUUUUGUUCUUAUUCAUUAAAGUCCUUCCCUAUUUUCAUGUAAUUAUGAGUGCAAGGUUGAACAUGACACGAAAAUUUUCAGCUUCAUAAUCAAAAUUCAAGAGACUUAAAAAUGAAACUCUUUCAAGAACUCAAUUUUAUAUAAGAAUAUAUCCCUUGUUGUUAAGUUAAAAAGCCUGUAGAAAUAGACAAAACAUGACAACAGACUCCCUAAUAAAUAUUCUCUUUUUAUUGUAUCACACACACACACACACACCCAUAAGUACCUAUACUUCUUCCCAACCACAUGAUGAACGAGCUGCAUCCAUUCUCAGAUAAUUCUCCUUCUAAUUUAUCCAUGAAGCAGCCAAUUAUGUUAGAAAAUACUAACAAUAACAAAUCAGGUGUAAGACCAUAUGUUAGAUCGAAAAUGCCGAGGCUCAGAUGGACACAUGAUCUUCAUCGCUGCUUUGUGCAUGCUGUUGAGCGUCUUGGUGGAGAAGAUCGAGCAACACCAAAGAUGGUGCUACAGUUGAUGGAUGUGAAGGGCCUCACUAUAUCUCACGUUAAGAGUCACCUUCAGAUGUACAGAAGUAUGAAACACGAACAGUUGAUGCAAGCAGUAGCAGAGGCUGCAAAUGGGAGCAAGAGCAAUAAAAUGGAUGGUCCAGAUCAAGUGCAUUAUCCCCAUGGAAACUUUCUUCAUCAUUACUACAAUGGCCAUCCUAAUUCGACCAUAACUAGCACCUACUCGGACCAUAUUGCCUCUACGCCUGCUUUUAUUCCUCCAGCUCCGUGGAGACCCAUGCCAAAGAAGAUGAUGGGAUUAGAAGGACGAUUGGACCCAGCUUGCAACAUGUUCAGGGAUUUCUUCAAUGGCUGCACUACUGUUCAAGAUGGGAGUGUAGGCGAUCAAUAUGGUAGCAGUUUGUCAAAUAAGCAUUUUUCAAUUAUUGAUACUGAAGAAGAAGCCGAAGACUCUGGCAGCAUAACUAUGUUCGCACAACCAUCUGCCGGAUUAGAAGAUGUGAAUAAUAAUAAUAUCUCUCUUGACCUUACCCUAGGUUAAUUAAAUAGAUCCUAAUUUGAUUCUCAAA